GAUAAGAUAGAAAUGGAAAUUUGGUUUUGUUCAAGAUAAGAAUUGGAAGUCGGCUCUGUUCUCACAUGUGCAGUGUAUGUUCUCUGGGGCAGAGAUGAUAGUCACGUUGGCUCCCAGUAGUAGCGAACUUUAUACUUUCACUUACAGCUGAUUUCAUGUCGAUAGAAGAUGUGUCCUGAGUCACGACAUUCGUAUGUUUUGCACGUUUGCGUUGGCAAUGUUGGCAAUGUAACGAAUGUGUUGCUAUUCUGACCACCAUUUUCUCCGACCUGGCCACCAAUACGGACGGGUUGACGACCAACGAGAGACAAAGUACGCUCCGUACUUUCUGUACGUCUGUAAAAGCCAAGAAAACGACGGACGGGUGGUGAGGGGUUGCCCUCAGUGUCCCUCAGUGGUCCUACCACCCCCACCACAAGCCAAAAAUUGCGAGGGCUUAUCGAUAGCGGCCUGAAGGAUAUGGCUUCGCCACACCACAACGCUACUCGAGUACUUGUAACAGGAUGACGACGUGUCAGUCAAGGCAGAGACGGCAGAGAUUUUUCAAAAUUCGUCCGAAACAAAAUAGCAUAGCGUACCAAUAUUCAUGACGUAGGGUUAUUAUUUCCCCAACGAUCGCCAAGACUGUGGGUCGAAAUGCGUAGAAGUAGAGAGUCGGUUCAGGAAUCGUCCAUCCGAGCUAAACCCAGGUUGUCGCGGCUCAAAAAGUUCGAGAUUCCCAUACACAAAGCUAAAGAGGGCUGCGAAAACGAAAUAACUCGUCGCCUCCUUCAAACAACUUGAAACAACGUGACGAUCUCCAAUUGUUCAAUUGCCUCCGGAUUUGCAAAGGUCCUUUCAAGAAAAUCUCUUCGGACCUAGAAUUCCCACACGCUACUGUCGAUAAGCCUCGAGCCAAUAUUGUGUGUGGCUUGUUCACCCCCUCACCUCCCCUCACCUUCACCUUCACUUUCACAAAACAUAAACAAAACAGAUCAAGAUGUCUGUCGUCGGUGUUGAUUUUGGCACCCUGAACACGGUUAUUGCUGUCGCAAGAAACCGUGGUGUGGAUGUGAUUACCAAUGAGGUUUCUAACCGUGCCACUCCUUCCCUCGUCGGUUUUGGACCAAAAGCGAGAUACCUCGGCGAGGCCGCGAAGACACAAGAGAUCUCCAACUUAAAAAACACAGUCGGGUCGCUGAAGCGCCUGGCUGGUCGUGCUCUGUCCGACCCCGAUGUCGCAAAGGAGCAGAACCACAUCUCCGCACCCCUCGUCGACAUCAAUGGCCAGGUCGGAGCGGAGGUGACGUACCUCGGCAAGAAGGAGCAGUUCACCGCUACCCAGCUUAUCUCGAUGUUCUUGGGCAGAGUCAAGGCUACCGCCGCCGCUGAGCUCAAGCUCCCCGUCAAGGAGAUUGUCAUGAGUGUGCCAGCAUGGUUCACCGACGUCCAGCGCAGAUGCUUGAUGGAUGCCGCUGAGAUUGCCGGCCUCCAGCUCCUCCGUCUCAUGAACGACACCACCGCAGCCGCGCUUGGCUGGGGUAUUACGAAGCUCGACCUCCCCACCGCAGACGAGAAGCCAAGGCGUGUCGCAUUCGUCGAUAUCGGCCACAGUGAUUACACUUGCUCCAUUGUCGAGUUCCGCAAGGGCGAGUUAACCGUCAAGGGUACCGCAUACGACCGCGACUUCGGUGGACGCGACUUCGACACGGCCCUCGUUGACCACUUCGCGGCCGAGUUCAAGGAGAAGUACAAGAUUGACAUCAAGACCAACCCCAAGGCUAUGGUCAGAGUUGCGGCUGGUGCCGAGAAACUGAAGAAGAUUCUCUCCGCCAACCAGCAGGCGCCCCUCAACAUCGAGUCUCUGAUGAACGAUGUUGAUGUCCAGUCUGUGCUCAAGCGUGAGGAGUUGGAGGCACUUGUUGAGCCACUUCUCAAGCGUGCCUACCUUCCUCUCGAGGAGGCCCUCGCACAGGCCAAGCUGAAGGUUGAGGACAUCGAUACCAUCGAGGUCGUUGGCGGUUGCACUCGUGUCCCCGCACUGAAGGAGCGCAUCCAGAACUUCUUCGGCAAGCAAUUAUCCUUCACCAUCAACCAGGAUGAGGGUGUUGCCAGAGGUUGCGCUUUCAGCUGCGCCAUCCUGUCGCCCGUUUUCCGUGUCCGCGACUUCACCAUCCACGACAUUGUCCCAUACCCAAUUGAGUUCAACUGGGAGAAGUCUGAGGACAUCCCAGAUGAGGACACCUCUCUGACCGUCUUCAACAAGGGCAACGUUAUGCCAUCGACAAAGAUCCUCACAUUCUACCGCAAGCAAAACUUCGACAUCGAGGCGAGGUACGCUAAGCCAGAGGACCUCCCCGGAGCCGUUAAGCCAUGGAUCGGACGCUUCUCUGUCAAGAACGUCAAGGCUGAUUCCAAGGAUGAUUUUAUGAUCUGCAAGCUUAAGGCACGUAUUAACCUCCACGGUAUCCUCAACGUCGAGCAAGGAUACUUCGUCGAGGAUGUCGAGGUCGAGGAGCCAAUCCCAGAGGACAAGGACGAGAAGAAGGAUGCCGAUGCCAUGGACACCGACGGUGAGCCCAAGGCACCCAAGAUGCGCAAGGUUAAGAAGCAGGUCCGCAAGGGCGAUCUGCCAAUUUCUGCCGGUACCGCAUCAUUAGACCCAGAGACCAAGGCCCUGGCUGCGGAGAGGGAGAACAACAUGUUCAUGGAGGACAAGCUUGUCGCGGAUACCGAUGAGAAGAAGAACGAGCUCGAGACUUACAUCUACGAGAUGAGAAACAACAUCGAUGACAGGUAUGCCGAGUUCGCCAGCGAUGCUGAGAAGGAGAAGUUAAAGGCGAGACUCGAGCAGGUCGAGGACUGGCUCUACGAUGAGGGCGAGGACACCACCAAGGCCGUCUACAUCGCCAAGUACGACGACAUCCGCUCCCUCGCUGGCCCAAUCGCCCAGCGCUACUUCGACAAGCUCGAGGAGGAGAGGCAAGUUGCCCAGGCCAAGCUGGACGCUGAGCUUGCGGCCAAGCGCGAGGCUUCCGAGGCGGCCAAGAAGACCGAGAAGCCCGCGGAGGAGCCGGUCAGCAAGGAGGAGGAUAUGACUGAUGCCGACACGCCCGCCGUUGAGGAUGUCGAGUAAACGUUUUAAUUCACGGUUUCUCUCACGAUGCGAUGACGGUUGGCUCCACGAAAUAGGGAGGCUGCGUAAAGGUUGACAUGAUCUGGAAAGAAAAGGGUCUUAGACUUUCUGAUAGCCGUUUGCAACCAUGGAUGUUCAGACUUUUAGAUGGAAAUGAAACCCGGAUAUACUUUAUUCUGUGUCAUGACUUUUUGUCUGUUCAGCGUGUCGAUUUUUUUUUGUGACGGGUGUUGGGAGGAUGAUAAUGAAGUUAUAGACGAUUAGAUAGAACUCUUUCCGGUUUUGGGAUCCUUCGCAUUUUUCGUCCAUUGACUUUCCAAGUGAAUUAGACUGAUAGUAAAAACGAAUUGGAAAUGAAAAAUAUUGUUCCAAUAACUGUAGGAUAAAAAGGCAAAAAAUAUAUCUGAGCAUGAGCACGAGCUUCUGGCUAUAUGUGUGCCAACCACCGGCUUUCAAUUCUAUUCAGCUAAACAGCCGAAGAAGGAAUAAAAAAAGGCAAAAAAAUAUAUCUGAGCAUGAGCUCAGAGAGGCAAUUCUCUCUGACGGGGAGUCGAACCCCGGUCUCCCGCGCUUUGUCACAUGACAAGCGGAAAUCAUGACCGUUAGACCAUCAAAGACUUUGAACAGGAAACCCCUAACGGG